UGGUUCUCAUCCUUCCCUCCUGUUGCUGCUGCUUCUGCCGCGACAGUGAAGAGGAGGAGACGUCGGACGCGACAGUGUCGCUCGCUGCUCAAACGGACCACACGGUUUUCCUCUAGAAAGUAGAAUAGAACAGUUUGCGGCUCAAACUAAGCUCUUUCUGGGCAACUUUAACGCGCUCCUGUUCACAGUUUAGAGGAUUUAUCUGGUGACAGACAGGUGCGCACUGUGCGCACAGAGGGAUGGGCAGACGCGAAGCAGACGGCAGAGGCGCAGUGAACACCAGCGACCGCUCCGAGGAGCUAGGUUGUCUCCAGAACGCCUCGUCUCACGGCCACCGAGCCCGGGACGAGUCACUGUCCCGGAGGCAGCUGGACAGACAGAGGCAGCCGGAGAGAAUGGAGGCGACUGUCGCCGCCGCCGCCACAUCCGAGCCCGUGGAAGUGAAGAAGCACCAGCACAAACACAACUUGAAACACCGCUAUGAGGUGAUGGAGACUCUGGGAAAAGGCACCUACGGCAAAGUGAAGAGGGCGCUGGAGAGGGCGAGUCUGAAGGCGGUGGCAAUCAAGUCAAUUCGCAAGGAGCGUAUCACUGAUGACCUGGACAAAAUUCACAUCCAGAGAGAGAUCGAGAUCACCUCCUCGCUCAGACACGCAAACAUCAUACGCUUCCACGAAGUGUUCGAGAGCCGGGAUAAGAUUGUGAUUGUGAUGGAGUACGCCAGCCGAGGAGAGCUGUACGAUUACAUCCAGGAGAGGAGGAGACUGUCAGAGACAGAAGCCAGAGGCAUCUUCAGGCAAAUCACAUCUGCCGUCCACUACUGCCACAAGAAUGGCGUGGUGCACCGCGACCUCAAACUGGAGAACAUCCUUUUAGACCAAGACUUCAACGUAAAGCUGGCUGACUUUGGCCUCUCCAAUCAUUUCCAGCGGGGCUCUCUGUUGCAGACCUACUGUGGAAGUCCUCUCUAUGCGGCGCCAGAGAUAGUGAAAGGGCUGCCGUACCAAGGACCAGAGGUGGACUGUUGGGCUCUGGGUGUGUUGCUCUACGCUCUGGUGUACAGCAGCAUGCCGUUUGAUGGCGCCAGUCACGCCACACUCACUGAGCAGAUCAGCCAAGGUCGCUAUCACAGACCCAACCCCCCCUCAGACGCCUGCGCUCUUAUCGACUGGUUGUUGACGGUGCGCGCGGACGAGAGAGCCACGAUAGAGGACGUAGCCAACCACUGGUGGGUGAACUGGGGUUAUGAAGAGAGUGUGUGUGACUGCCCUUCACCUCCGCACCAAGAGUGCCCCUCCCCCCUGCUGGCUCGCUACAUCGACUGGCAGAAUCGGGUCGCCACUGCCGGCAACAACAUGACGGCUGACGCGUCCUCGGCCCGGCGCUCUCACCACCACUUUUACUUCAGCCUACCUCUGAAGAGUGAUCGUGGUGCAGGGAGGACACGUGGAGGAGGGAUGUCGAGCCUCAGGAAGUCACGCAAGGAGAACGCAAUUCCCCAGACCGCACAGGGAGCAUGUGGGGCCGCUUGUCCCACAGCUGCCUCCUCUACUGUGGUCACUUCCACUUUUGAACGUAAGAAACCCAAAGGGAUUCUGAAACCCCAGUGGAGCAUUGACUCCGUGUUUCAGAGUCCUCCGAAGGAAAACUCUCCCUCCCAGCUGUGUAAUUCGUCUCCACAGACUUGUCGAACACAUGCACUUGCCCACACUCGUGCUGAGGUGCUGUCCACCAGCCUGCCGUCCCCCACAACAUUCAGUCAGCCCUCAUCUAAAAUGCCCAAAAAGGGGAUACUAAAGAACAUGUAUGGAGGGGAGUCUGCCUCAGAAAGAAGGGGCUCUGGAGUAGGAGUUAAAGAGACCGUUGCAGGAGAUUCGUGCACCUACAAACAGCACAGUCGCCUCCCAGCAGUAGAAGAUAGUCCCACCAUGCGCACGGAGGCAGUAAGACGAAGGAAGGGCAUUCUGAAACGUAACGGCAAGUUUUCACGCAGCCUGGACCUUCCCGAUGACCUCCACCUGUCGUCUCCCACUGCAGCCCCUGCAGUGUUCCCUGAGGCUUUGCAGCAGCUCCUCCACACCACCGGGGGCAUCGAGGGCCGACGUAGUCGACCCUCCAGUGUGGUGAGUGAGGACAGCAUCUUCUCUUCCGAUUCCUUUGACCUGCUGGACCUCAGCGCCCAGUCACGGCGCAGGAUUUUCUCUCGGGGGAAGCAGCGCAGCGCCGGCAGCUCGGAGGAGGAGCCUGAGCCGCUGACAGCCGAGGCGGACGGCGUCGCUGAAGACAGAGGCAGACGGAGAGGAGCGCUCACGUAACCCGACAAACAUCCACUUCUGCUGAGGUGAUCAGUCUCUGCUGAAACACACUGGGAAGGCUGAGGACACAAACUCUCUUGAGCAUUGUACUGUGAAGCACCAUGUUUUUCUGUGAUCGCCCAGUGUCUGUGGAACUGCAGAAAUGGCACCCGAAUGUGGCAGAAUUGACGGACUCUAACUGUGUGUUUACGAAUUUGAGUAAAGCCUGUUCCGCAAACCUUAUUGCAUAUGUCAAUUACUUUGGAUGACGACGUUACGUCUAAGAUACAAAGUUGGAAUCUUUCAACUCGUCAAAAUCGCUUGAUGCGUUUUCACCAUAGACCAUAUCUUUAAAAAAAAUGGACACAGUCUUCCAGUUUCCUACCUGGAACUAACACUAUAAUGAAUGGCCACCAGGGGGUGACUCUUGCUAAAAGAACUCCAUUUUAAUUGAAUCCUUAGGGGAAAAAUGACUUUUCACUUAAUUUAUUUCGUUGCUAAACAUUUUUCUGAGGAGUUAAUGGUUCGAGUCUUCUGAUCCCAUUGGGAAAUCGGCAAUAAAUGAUGGCACAGUUGAAACCGGGCAAAGUGUGUCGUGCAAACUAAAUGACCCAAGUCAAUCACUUUGAACGUCACGUUACGUUAAACGUGCAAAGUUGAAGUUUUUCAACUCUUGUCAUGACUGCGUGAUGCAAUUUCACCAUAGAUCAUAUUUAAAAAUAUUGACAUAGUUUCCUCCCUGCCACCAGGGGGCGACUUUGCUGGUUGUUGAAAUAACUCUAUUUGAAGUUUAAGGGAACAUUAGCAUUCUCAGCAUUUUAAAAAUUUUCCUGAAAAGUGAAUGCUCUCAGUCGCCACUUCGGCUCUUCUUCAAUAGCACAUUUUAUGUAAAUGAUGUGCUGGUUGAGGUGAUGGUGAGCACAAACUCCGCUCAACUCAACUGUUGCAAUAUUUCCACUCAACACAUGGCUGUCUUUAGCAUGUGUUAGCACAAGCUUAACAUUGCAUGCAGAUAUGAGGACAUUUGAAGCAUUUCUUAAUGUUAUGGUGUAUGAGGUACAUAGCUGUGACAUCACUUUGCUGUUAAAGCUGCCAGAGGUUGGCAGGAAGUAGCUUCGUAAUAACAUGGCAGUGACUGGAGACAACAGGAAAAAAAACAAAAAACAGAUUUUAACCAAUUUGUCACCUAAUAAAAUCUCAUGUUAGCUUGAGUAUACAAUAUCUGAAGCAUAUGUUCACUGGUUCAUGUUGCCAUUGUAUGUUUCUGUCCCUUUCCCACAGCAAGUUUGACUCAUAGGAUUAAGGAGUUGCUGGUCUACUGCUGCCCCAGUGGUAAGCGUGUGUUGCUAAAGACCAAAGUGACUGAAUAACACAACGGAAACUAAAUAAUGGAGGCAGCAGUGGAUUAACAGCUCCUGUGUUAUAUGAAUGGACUGUGGUGCAGGGAAAUAAGCAGUUAGCAGCUGUAAUCAGUGACAAACUAUCUGAUUACUGAGGUCAUUCAUUUGAAGACGUUUUCCAUUUCUUCCCAAAUCUGUUCUGGUCUUAAUCAGUGUUGGUUUUAAGUAUUGAAAUGUAUUUAAUUGGCUAUAUAACGUGAAGUAACCUGUAAUUCACGUGUCACAGGUGUCACAGAUGUGCUCUGGUACCGGAACAAAUCCCACCCAAACCGUGUGCUGCGUAUGAAUGUGUAAUAGGGAAGAGGCAGUGUUCCCCAAGCGUUCUAUACUUUGUAAAGAUGGCAAACUAUCACGUCACCCAAAUCACAUUUGUGCAUAAUCUGCAUAAACAGUAACACCUAAUGUCAAAAUUCCAGGCAUGCUAUUUGGAACGUAUUUAACUUUCUAGCGAAGGUUGGGAAUUAUUUUGCACAAAAAAAAUCUAUGGCUCCCAUAUGGGUCUAUGGGUAGAGUGUUUUACUGGUUUCACAGUGUUAUUGAAUACUGCAUAUUUGUACCACACAGUGCUAUUAUGGUGUGCACAAUGUGCUCCUUUUGCCUCUUUUGCUUUACUGUGACAUCACUGAUGCUGCUGUGGGCAUUUAAACAGAUGUGAGAAAAGAAUGAUCCUUUUGUUUUUGCUUUCUUUCUUUCUUUCUUUCUUUCUUUUUCCUAAAGUCAAUAAAUUAUGUCCAUCUCAAUACUCUC